GGCUAGGGCUGGGCGGGUCCAGAAUGAGAUGGGACCUGUCAGGGACAGGGUAAACCUGGGCGGGGCCAGUGGCAGGGAGGCGUGGGCAGGGCCAGGCCAUGGGCGGGGCCAGGCCGGGAUCUCCUCUGUCCCGGGUCCUGGAGCGCUGCGUCCUGGCGGGGCUGGCUCCCGCCUCGCUGGCCCCUCCUUGGCAGGCCGGGCCCCAGAGUGAGCAGGGCCGUACUCCUCAGGAUCGGAAGCUGCGGUCGGCACUGUAUUUUGAGGCAGGCGGCCGCCUAGGCCCCGGCGGACUCAGCUCCGCACUGCCCCGGGGGUGUUUCCCCGGAGACUCCCAGGUCACCUGUCACCCAGGCUCUGUGCUCACUGUGCCUGAGUGGCUCCUGUGGGCACUCCUGCAAGAACAUGGUGCAGAAGUACCAGUCUCCUGUCCACGUCUACAAGUACCCAUUCGAGCUGGUCAUGGCGGCCUACGAGAAGCGCUUCCCCACCUGCCCGCAGAUCCCUGUCUUCCUGGGCAGCGAGGUUCUGCGCGAGUCCCGCAGCGCCGACGGGGCGGUGCACUUGGUGGAGCGGAGCUGCCGGCUGCGCGUGGAGGCCCCGCGGCUGCUGCGGAAGAUCGCCGGCGUGGAGCACGUGGUCUUCGUGCAGACAAACGUCUUGAACUGGAAGGAGAGGACGCUGCUCAUCGAAGCGCACAACGACACCUUCGCCAGCCGCGUGGUGGUCAAGGAGACCUGCCGCUACACGGUCCACGCUGAGAAUGAAGAGUGGACUUGCUUUGAGCAAUCUGCCUCUCUUGACAUCCGGUCCUUCUUCGGCUUUGAAAGUGCUUUGGAGAAGAUCGCCAUGAAGCAGUACACAGCCAACGUCAAGAGGGGAAAGGAGGUGAUCGAGCAUUACCUGAAUGAGCUCAUCUCUCAGGGCCUCUCUCACAUACCUCGGUGGACUCCUGCCCGAGUCCGAGAGGAGGACGCCCGCUCCCAGGCUGGGCCGAGGGAUCCGGGGUCCCUGGAGGUGGUUGGGCCCAGCAGCAGCCCGGGCCCUGUUCUGGAGACUGUCAGUAUGGAAGGGGACAAGCUGGACGCGGACUACAUUGAGAGGUGCCUGGGCCACCUCACGCCCAUGCAGGAGAGCUGCCUGGUCCAGCUGCGGCACUGGGUGCAGGAGACCCACAAAGGCAAGAUUCCCAAAGAUGAGCACAUCCUUCGGUUCCUGCGGGCUCGCGAUUUCCACCUGGACAGGGCCCGGGAGAUGCUGCGCCAGUCCCUGAGCUGGCGGAGGCAGCACCAGGUGGACCUCCUCCUCCAGACCUGGCGACCGCCCGCCCUCCUGGAGGAGUUCUAUGCGGGGGGCUGGCACUACCACGACAUAGAUGGUCGGCCCCUCUACAUCCUGCGCCUGGGCCACAUGGACACCAAAGGUUUGAUGAAGGCCGUGGGGGAGGAGGCGCUGCUGCAGCACGUCCUUUCCCUCAAUGAGGAAGGACAGAAGAGGUGUGAGGGGAACACAAAACAGUUUGGCCGUCCCAUCAGCUCCUGGACCUGCCUGGUGGACCUGGAGGGUCUCAACAUGAGGCACUUGUGGAGGCCGGGGGUGAAGGCUCUGCUGCGCAUGAUUGAGGUGGUUGAGGACAAUUAUCCUGAGACCCUGGGCCGGCUGCUCAUUGUGCGGGCCCCCCGCGUCUUCCCCGUGCUCUGGACACUGAUCAGCCCCUUCAUCAACGAGAACACCAGGCAGAAGUUCCUCAUCUACAGCGGCAGCAAUUACCAGGGCCCCGGAGGCCUCGUGGACUACCUGGAUAAAGACGUGAUCCCCGACUUCCUCGGGGGGGAGUGUGUGUGUAAUGUCCCUGAAGGUGGGCUCGUCCCCAAGUCCCUCUAUCUGACGGAGGAGGAGCAGGAGCACACAGACCAGCUGCGGCAGUGGAGGGAGACGUACCAGUCGGCCAGCGUGCUCCGAGGGGCCCCCCACGAGGUCGCAGUGGAGAUUCCCGAGGGGGAGUCAGUCAUCACCUGGGACUUUGACAUUCUUCGUGGGGACGUGGUGUUCAGCCUGUACCACACCAAGCAGGUGCCCAAGCCAGGGCUCCGGGAGCCUGGGGCCAGGGCUGGUGGGCAGCUGAUGGACAAAGGCUGGGUCCUAGGCGUGGAUUACAGCCGCGUGGAGGUCCCCCUCGUGUGCCGGGAAGGGGAGAGCAUUCAGGGAUCCCACGUGACCCGGUGGCCCGGGGUCUACUUGCUCCAGUGGCAAAUGCACAGGCUGCCCGGCAGUGUGGCCUGCAGCCUGCCGGGCAUGGAGGAUGUCCUGACGGCUCUGCACAGCCCUGGGCCCAGGUGCAAACUCCUCUACUACUAUGAGGUGCUGGCGUCUGAGGACUUCAGGGGCUCCAUGUCCAGCCUGGAAUCCUGCACCAGUGGCUUCUCCCAGCUCAGCGCGGCCACCUCCUCCUCCUCCUCUGGCCAGUCCUACAGCAGCCCCCUUGUCUCCAGAUAGCUGGGACUGAGCCUGUGGGGCAACCUGCUUUCCCCCCACAUCAGUGAAUAUCUACAAAGCUGGGACCCUGUGGGCUGCAGCCCGGGUCCAAACACUGCCAAAUCCGGGUGUCUGGGGCCAGUGGCAAUGAUCCAUCUGGUGGACUCUCGAGGUUGCAAGGACAGAGCCUUGUGUGAAAAAUCAAGCAGCGGGUGGACCACCUUCAGGUCGGCCUGGUCUGGAGGCCUCAGGGAUGUCAUUGGGCUCAGCACCGUCCCCCACCCCCCAAAGCAGCUCUGCUUUCCCUGGGGUGCUCUCCUCAGGUGCCUUCCCCACCCAGGCAACCCCGACACCAUCAGGUUCCCUGCCUGUCUUCCCCAAGCUCAGCUGCAGAAAAGAACUUGUCUCCCAAAGUUCCAGCCAUCCUCCCAGAAUUAAGGCUGAUCAGCCUGCCUGGGUCCAACACUGGUCCCUGAACCAAUCACGGUUGCCACGGGGAACAGAGAACACUGACCUGUCAGCAGGGUCUUGUGUAUAAUCUGGACCAGUCCCUGUGCAGAGAAGGGGGUGCUGUGAUUGGCUCGCCCAGACCACAUGCUUGUCCCUGGAGCCACCCACCUGGUCUGAAAAGCACAAGGGGGAUGCCUCUAGGGGCACGAGGAUCCCGCUAGAGGAAGGGGGAAAGAAUGCUGGGCAGGCAGAAAUGACGGUCUUCACUGCAGCAUUUGGCUCCAUAGCGAUGCCCUCUGUGCCAAGAUGCGCACGGCGAGCAGUUAUGAGUCCAGGCUCGGCUCUCUGUGGGGAGCACCCACCGGGACUUCAAAUCCGUUUUCCCAGCACUCGACUGAGAAGCCCUAACCUUGACCACCCCUGACUUGAAAGGGUGGGAAGGCCCAGGGUUUCCGCUAAAUUCCAGGCAGUGAUGAAGUAGCCCCGGCUGUCUUUACGGUCCUCAGAGGCUCCUUUGUCUCCCGGGAGCUGUUCAUGACUUUGUGGUUGUGAGUCAUGGAGAUGCACCGGAACGGGUCACCGUUCGUGGAUGGAUGGACUGGCCAGUCCGAGUCUCAUUCAGCUAAGGCUGGACCCAGGAUCCCGACAUGGCAUCACGACUCCUGUGUGGGAUGGAGGUGUCGCUUUGUUGCAUCCCCCCUGGGGUAAAUCUGACCCCCAGAACCAGUUCUAACACUGACAGACUUUCUUGAGUUCCUGGAGCUCCUGCAUGGGAGGGUUUUGGGUCUCCUUAGGGCCUGAGGAUGUUUCUCCUCUCCUUUCCUGGGCCUCCACAAAAACAACAGGCCAGAGGUCCCAUAAUGGCAGCCUGCAGUCUGAUCGGGCCUGCCUUUACUGUUUUUAUCUUUUUGCCUAUAGAGGAAUUUAAAAAUUGGGGCAUUUCACACAGAAAUCAGGGCUUCCGGCUUUCCUUGGGCAUCCUGGAGUAUUGGCGAAAUGGGGCCACUAUCGCUGCGGCACGGCGACACAGCUGUGCCUCUGGGCGAGGCCACCCGGGCCCCACCCGUCUUUCUCAGCCCAGCUGGAGUCCCUGUUACCACCCACAUUAUCUGCCUGGGACAGACCUCACUGCCCGGCUCCAGGGGCCAAGCUGGGGCCGAGGGGCUCAGUGUUCCUCCUCUCUCGGAGCCUUGCUUACCACUGAGCUCACCUCUGGCCAGAGUCACCAGUCCUUGCCCAGGGGGCGGGUUUACAGCCACGGGGAUCAUCGCCUCGGUGCAGGCUCGGUCGGCAUGAUGGGGCAGGGAGAGCAAGGACUUGCUUGCAUACCAGCCUCGGCCUAGAACCUGGAGCAGAGGGAAGGCGCCAUCCCUCUCAGGGACAUCCUUCUCCCUGUGGGGAGGGAGCCUCAUCCACCGCUGCGGGCUUUCUGUUUGUUUCUCAGGUAUAGGAGCAAAUCUAAAAUGCAACCUCUAUCAAGGGGUGUGGGUGCGUGUGUGUGUGAGAGAGAAAGAGAGAGAAGUACAGGGACAGUGAAGACUUCUCAAAUGAACUGCUCCCGUGUCACCAGGCAUGCGUCACUGGGCAAUUUGUAAUAUUUCCAACUGUCUUUAGAUGAAUUUCUUGCUUGCCUUUAAAAACUAGGUGUUAUCCUAGAAGCAUUUUGGGGUAAGCUGCCCUCGCACUCCCCACUUAACUCGCUGUCCAGGACUAGCAUCCAGGGAAGAAUGGAGAAGCCUUUCUUGAGGAGGUCAUAACUGGUGUUUGACAACUGGAACCUGAUUUGCUGAGUCCAGAAAGAAAGGUCUGGUCUGCCACCAGCCAUCCAGCCUUAACGGCAGCGGGGAGCGGCCUGAGAGCUCACUCUCUUUCUCCCUCUGGAAAGCUCCCGCUGAGACUGACUGAAGCAGUGAGAGGGAGUCCCUGGCUCCUGUAACUGGGAUGGUGGGGUGGGCUUGCUCCAGGUAUGGCUGGAUCCAGGAGCCCAGUUAUCAGGUUCACGUUUGUCCCCUCAACUCCACCCAGGCCUCUUGGCUGCACGUCUUUUUCUCACGCUGGCCUCGUCCUCUCCUCCACCUGGUGGCAAAGGUGGCUGCCAGCAGCCCCAAGCCACAACCACAGGGCUUACAGCCUCCACGGCCGAGAGAGACACCCUUCACCUCAAAUCCCAUGGAGGGCUCUGAUUGGCUCUGUUCGCGGACUCCUGGCCAGGGUGCUGGGGUCUCUAUUCCCAGCAUUCCCUCCAGAUGCACCCCAACCCGUGGCCAUGGUGGUGUCCGCUGCAGGUCUCCUCCCUUGCUGGAGGUCUCUGGGGCCACACUCGGGCAGCAUCAAGCACGCCAUUCCUACCUUCGGGAGGCUUAGAAUUAAACAUCCAAGGGCAGGCGGCUGAGCUCCUGCCUUCUAAAUUUCCCGACCCAGGGCUGGAAGCUCCUUGGCUUGCCGUCUUUCCCCAUCUGGUUUGUUAGCCUGUUAUGAUCAGGACACAAACACCCCGUUAGCAAUAGGACCUUUCCAGGCACUGAAUUUAGGAGCCUGGGCCUUCAAAUUUAGGUGGGGUGGGGUUCAAACCUCAGCAUUCCUUUCAGUAGCUGUGUAACCUGCAGCAGGUAACUUAGCCUCUCUGUGCCUCAGUUUCCCCAUCUGUAAAAUGGGGAUAGCAGUGCCUACCUCAUUCAUUGGGUCGUAGUGGGAUGAAAUGAGUGGCUAUGAGGCCUGUGUCCACUGCCCGGCUCACAGAAAGCAUGUGAUACAAGUCAGUGGUUGCUUUAUUCUAUGCUUCUCACCCAAAGACGCCAGACUCCUUCCUGAAGAUGCCUGUCACUGCUUUCACAGGACAGACGGCUCAGCACCACAUGCAUCUGGGACUUAUUUCCCUCUGAUUUUCCCUUUCAGAACCUGCUUGUGUUUUCUGGGCAGAUCCACUGAUCAGGGGAAAGAGCAUUGCUUAAAGAGUGGUACUUUCCUGAACCACCUAGAGAAUGUUCUGUCCACAGGUUGAAAUAAGGGCAGUUUGAGACUUUUUUCCUCCCCUGUGCUCUCUGGAAUUCCCCCCACCCCUACCAUGUAAAAUGAAUUGUUCCACGAGAAUAGUCUUGAUUCUUUUCCACGCGGUUUGUUCCAGCCAGUAAAACAUGAUGUUUCUUAUUUGCCUGAUCAUUUGCUCCAGAAACAUUAAACAUUUUAGAUGUGGA